GGUAUAUAAACAGAACGCACGUUGUCUCGUUCCCACUCAGUUUGAAAUUUUCAGUUGUGAGGUUGUAUUCUCCGUUGCAAGUUUUUCAAUUUCAAGUUUGUACUAAACUAUAUAGUAAUCAUGGCCCCAGGAAAAGCCGCAUACAAAGUCGCUGACAUGAGCUUGGCUGAGUUCGGACGAAAAGAAAUUGAAAUUGCCGAGAAUGAGAUGCCAGGUUUGAUGUCUCUGAGGAAGAUGUACGGAGAAUCCAAACCAUUGAAAGGUGCCAGGAUCGCUGGGUGUCUUCACAUGACCAUCCAGACUGCUGUCCUCAUUGAAACAUUACAAGCUUUGGGUGCAAAGGUUCAAUGGUCAUCAUGCAACAUCUUCUCCACACAAGACCACGCAGCAGCAGCAAUUGCAGCAACAGGAACUGCUGUCUAUGCAUGGAAAGGAGAAACUGAUGAAGAAUACAUCUGGUGCGUCGAUCAAACCAUCGUAUUCCCAAAUAAUGAACCACUUAACAUGAUUUUGGAUGAUGGAGGUGACCUCACCAACUUGGUUCAUGAAAAGUAUCCUCAGUUUCUUCCUGGGAUCAAAGGAUUGUCGGAAGAAACAACAACUGGUGUCCACAACCUUUACAAGAUGAUGGAAGCUGGAACAUUAAAAUGUCCCGCCAUUAAUGUCAAUGAUUCUGUUACCAAGAGCAAGUUCGACAACUUGUACGGUUGCAGGGAAUCUUUGGUUGAUGGUAUCAAGCGUGCAACUGAUGUUAUGUUGGCAGGCAAAGUUGCUUUGGUUGCUGGUUAUGGUGAUGUAGGAAAAGGAUCUGUUCAAUCGCUUAAAGCCUUUGGUUGCCGAGUUCUCAUCUCAGAAAUUGACCCCAUCAAUGCCUUGCAAGCAGCCAUGGAAGGUUUUGAAGUCACAACAGUGGAAAAAGCUGCCCCACGUGCCAAUAUCAUCGUUACCACCACCGGUUGUAAAGAUAUCAUAACUGCAGAGAUUUUCCAAUCGCUUCCAAACGACUGCAUUGUUUGUAAUAUUGGACAUUUUGACUGUGAGUUGGAUGUAGCUUGGCUUAAUGCUAAUGCUGUGGAAAAAGUGCAAGUUAAACCACAGGUCGACCGAUACACCAUGGCAAGUGGAAAGCACAUUAUUCUUCUUGCUGAAGGUCGUCUCGUUAACCUAGGAUGCGCUACUGGACAUCCCAGCUUUGUCAUGAGCAACUCUUUCACGAACCAAACUCUUGCACAAAUUGAGCUGUGGACCAACAACGAAAACUACAAGACAUACAAGACCGGUCAGGUUUACAUGUUGCCCAAAGUGUUGGACGAACAAGUAGCACGCCUUCAUUUGGAUCACCUUGGUGUUGAACUUACAACAUUGAGCUCAGAUCAAUCCACGUACCUUGGCGUGUCACAGAAAGGUCCAUUCAAACCAGAGCACUACAGAUAUUAGGAUUUUCCAAACCGAAAUUUAACUUCCAACGUUUCGCACUGUAUAUUUGGUGUACUUGUAUACCCCUAGCUCUCCCUACAUAAUUGGCUAUAUCGAAUUCUUUGACUGCUACUCCGCUACCCACAAGUCGUAUUCGUCUAAGUUAAUUAGUGUACAUUAUGAAAGAAAUCUACCAAUCAUGCCUCGUGUUCUUUCCACGAUGUUCCAAUGUUUCGCUUCUUUGCAAUUGCGUAACGUAUGUUGUAAUUUUCACGUAAUAAAAUGGUGAAGACCGAAAGAUUUCAAAUGAAA